AUUUAAAAAAUGGAUAAUGCUAAAUCCGAAAUUCAAAGAAUUAUAAGGUAUGCCCCCACCUCCCGCUUUUGAUGUUGAUUCUACUAUUUAACUUUCUUUCUUUCUUCUCCUCUUCCUCCUCCUUCUUCUUGUUCUUCUUCUCUUGGAAUUUUUCAAAGUUUAAAAUUCUCUCUCUAAUAGCAACCGGUAUAUUUUGGUCAAAAAGAAACGUUUUGUUUCAAACCCUGCACUUUUUUGUUGAAAAUUGAAGUGGGUCUUGUUUAGUUUGGCGUUUCAAGGUCUCUCGAAAACUUUUUGAGAUUUUCUCUUUUUGUGGUUCAAGACAAGUUUUUUUUUUUCUUUUCUUUUUUCUUUUUUGAUCCACAAAAAAAUAGUGGAGUGGGUUUUGUUGUGUUUCUAUUGUUUUGAUGCUUUUAUAAGGUUAUUGCCGAUACUCAAAACUAUACAUAUAAAGCUAUGGCUUGUUCAUUGAAGAGCACUGUUAAUGUUUCUGGAUUGAAAGAGACUAUAUUUAGCUCAAAAACCGAAGGGGUUUUUAGGUUUUGUCAAUCUUUUGGUAUUAUACAAAUAGGAGAAUCAAAAUCAAAAUCCAAGGACUUCCCUGUUUUGAGUAUUGAUUUCAAGGGUAAACCCUUAGUUUUAUCAGAUCAAAAGGGUGGUUUUGAAGAUUGGAGUAGAAAAACCACUGGAAAUUCCUCUGUUCAGGCACAAGCUUCAAUAUGUGUGAGUAGAGCUAUGAGAUGGUGGGAGAAAACCCUUAAACCUAACAUGGUAGAGAUCCACUCAGCUCAAGAACUUGCAGAAUCCUUGCUUAAUGCUGGCGAUAGAUUGGUUAUUGUCGACUUCUAUUCUCCAGGUUGUGGAGGCUGCAAAGCCCUUCAUCCAAAGAUUUGUCAACUGGCAGAAUCAAACCCUGAUGCAAUUUUUCUAAAAGUAAACUAUGAGGAGCUUAAAACAAUGUGUCAGAGUCUCCAUAUUCAUGUCCUGCCAUUCUUUAGAUUCUACAGAGGUGCAGACGGUCGUCUCUGUAGCUUUAGCUGCACUAAUGCAACUAUCAAGAAAUUCAAAGAUGCAUUAGCAAAGCAUGGUAAAGAUCGGUGUAGCCUCAGCCCGGCCAGGGGCUUGGAAGAAUCUGAGAUAUUGACAUUAGCAUCUGUUGGUGAAUUACCAAUUAACUUGCCAUUACAAUCCACUAACAGAGAAAGAGUGGAAGAUAUGAUUAUGAAAAACAUUGAUUUGUCCGGUGUUUGGGGCAAUAAGACUGAUCUUAAAGAAGGAAAUGCUAUUGGAGUAUGAAUUAUUUGAAGAGUAUAGGGUUAUUCAAACAUUCGUCAUUGAUGGAAUGAAGUAGCUUCUUCCAUUUUUAUCUGGUUCUUGAAUUUUGUACAUAUUGUUUGGUUUUCCAUAAGAAGCAGGCUUCUAGCAUUUUUUUUUUUUUUACCUUGAGCCCUGCCUAUUUGGUUCUGAUUUAGGAAUUGAAGAUUGGAUUCUUGUCAAGGAAAUUAAUGUAAUCCAUUUAUCAAGAGAUUAUUGCAUUUCUUUUUCCCUUUUUA